AUGAGUAGAGGAGUGAAUGGAAACGAUGCUCUGGAGACUAUAAACGCUGCCGCGACUUUGAUCGCAUCUGCUGAUAAUCAGAAUCGGGUUCCUCAAGAUUCGGUCAAGAAAAAAAGAUGGAAAAGCUACUGGAGACAUUUUUGGUGUUUUGGGUAUAACAAAAACAAACAGCGAAUUGGACAUGCUGCUCUUGUUCCUGAAACCCCAACCACUGGAGCAGAUGCUCCAACAGCUGAAAAUCUAUCCCAACCACUUUCCAUAGUACUUCCUUUUGUUGCACCACCUUCCUCUCCUGCAUCAUUCCUUCUGUCAGAACCUCCUUCAGCAGCCCAGUCGCCAACUGGCCUCUUAUCGCUCACCUCAAUAUCAACAAAUAUAUAUUCUCCUGGUAACCGUUCCUCAAUUUUUGCCAUUGGUCCUUAUGCUCAUGAGACUCAGUUAGUCUCUCCACCUGUAUUCUCAACAUUUACCACUGAACCAUCAACUGCUCCCUAUACUCCUCCCCCUGAAUCAGUUCACUUAACUACACCUUCCUCUCCUGAAGUGCCAUUCGCACGGCUACUUGAACCCAGCUUCCAAAGUGGUGAAGGUGGUCAGAGAUACCCUCUAUCUCAAUAUGAAUUUCUGUCUUAUCAGCUUCAGCCUGGAAGUCCACUCAGCCAUUUGAUCUCACCUAGCUCAGGCAAAUCCGGUUCAGGCACCUCGUCACCUUUUCCUGACCUUGAGUGCACUCCUGGACAUCCCCUUUUCGCCGAGUUCAGAAAUGGCAACCAUACUAAGUUUUUAAACCUUGACAAGAUUGUGCUUCGUGAAUGGAAAUCAUUCCACGGAUCUGGUGCAUUACCUCCAGAUGGUGCCAAGUCCAAAUGUCAUGAUAGUUCAGACAUUAUUCCACUUCCAGAUGAAUGUAAUGGAUUGCGAAAUAAUGAGACUGUGCUUAAUCACAGAGUUUCUUUCGAGAUAACUGCAGAGGAAGUUGUAAGAUGCGUGGAAAAGAAACCAGCAGCCUUCGCAGAAGUUGUGCAAGAGUCCGUUGAAAACAUUGAGCGUACAGGAGAGGAAAGCCCAGGAGAUAUGAGAAAUGUACACGAGAACCCUGUUGGAGUAACUUCUAACAUCACAUCUGACAAAGCUCCCACACAGGGUGAGGAUAAAAGGAAGCACCAAAAGAACCGGACUAUCACCCUUGGAUCUUCCAAAGAAUUCAACUUCGAUAAUAUAGAUGGAGAAAAUCCUGAUAAGCCUAAUGUUGGUUCCAACUGGUGGGCCAAUGAGAAGGUUCUUCAGGAGGAUGGUGGACCGUCUAAGAUCUGUAAGCUGGAAAAGGAGUGCAGUUCAGAAUAUCCUAUCAUCGUUGCACUGGAAAUUACAAGCAAUUUUAUACCAGUGGGAGUGGACCUUGAUUCAUUAUCUCAAUGGAGUUGUAAUAAAUUGGCCGAAGAAUCAAGGGGCAACUGCCACAUUGUUUACUAUUUGGUGAAGAAAUUGAAAUCGAUUUCAAGGUCACUGAAAGGGCCAGCAGGCCCCCGAAUGUGGCCCGUUUUGGGAAGUUUACCGGGCUUAAUUGUGAACAACAACCGCAUGCAUGAGUGGAUUGCCGAGAACCUCCGGGCCUGCGGCGGCACGUACCAGACGUGUAUUUGUGCAAUUCCAUUUUUGGCCCGGAAGCAAGGGCUCGUGACAGUCACGUGCGAUCCCAAGAAUUUAGAGCACAUUUUGAAGGUUAGGUUUGAUAAUUAUCCUAAGGGCCCCACAUGGCAAGCUGUGUUUCAUGAUCUUCUUGGGCAAGGGAUUUUCAACUCCGACGGUGACACGUGGCUGUUCCAACGUAAGACUGCUGCACUUGAAUUCACCACUCGAACAUUGAGGCAAGCCAUGGCUCGAUGGGUGAGCCGAGCCAUUAAGAAUAGGUUAUGCCCGAUUCUUAAAACAGCUCAGCUUGAAGGUAAGCAUGUUGAUUUACAAGAUUUAUUACUACGGCUCACUUUCGAUAAUAUAUGUGGCUUGGCUUUUGGGAAGGACCCACAAACUCUAUCACCUGGGCUACCUGACAAUAGCUUCGCUUUGGCUUUUGAUCGAGCCACUGAAGCGACUUUAUAUCGCUUUAUUUUACCCGAAUUUGUUUGGAAAUUGAAAAAGUGGCUUAGGCUUGGGAUGGAAGUCAGCUUGAGCCAGAGUGUCAAAGGCGUGGAUGAUUACAUGACAAAUGUCAUCAAUACACGUAAGCUCGAGUUGCUGAAUCAGCAGAAUGGUGGGUCCCAACAUGAUGAUUUGUUAUCUAGGUUCAUGAAGAAAAAAGAGUCGUACACUGACAAAUUUCUUCAAGAAGUUGCACUCAAUUUUAUUCUAGCUGGGCGUGACACCUCAUCAGUCGCGCUCAGUUGGUUUUUUUGGCUGGUUAGUCUAGACCCUCGAGUCGAAGAGAAAAUCUUGAUUGAACUUUGCUCGGUUCUGAUUGUAACUCGUGGCAACGACACUUCAAAAUGGCUUGAAGACCCUUUAAUAUUUGAAGAAGUUGACCAAUUGACAUAUCUUAAAGCAGCAUUGUCAGAAACUCUAAGACUAUACCCUUCGGUGCCAGAAGAUUCCAAACAUGUCAUUGCUGAUGAUAUACUGCCGGAUGGAACAUUUGUACCUGCAGGGUCGAAUAUCACUUACUCAAUAUAUUCAACCGGUCGAAUGAAGUUCAUAUGGGGCGAUGACUGCCUAGAGUUUAAGCCAGAACGAUGGUUGUCCAAAGAUGGAAGGAAAUUUGAAGCUAAGGAUCAAUUUCAAUUCGUAGCCUUCAAUGCUGGCCCUAGGAUUUGUUUGGGUAAGGAUUUGGCAUACUUGCAAAUGAAAUCAAUAGCGGCGGCGGUGUUACUCCGACACCGGCUCAUGGUGGCGCCGGGACACAAGGUGGAGCAAAAAAUGUCGUUGACAUUGUUCAUGAAGUACGGUCUCAAAGUCAAUGUAUAUCCUAGGGAGUUGACUCCAAUACUGACUAAAAUUGGAAAAGAAUCCGACAUGGUGGGAGUCAUGUGA